AUGCACUUAGAGAUAAUAGAAAGAAGCAGGAAAAGAGAAGAAAGAAAGAAAGAAGCAGGAAAAGAGAAGAAAGAAAGAAAGAAGCAGGAAAAGAGAAGAAAGAAAGAAAGAAGCAGGAAAAGAGAAGAAAGAAAGAAAGAAGCAGGAAAAGAGAAGAAAGAAGCAGGAAAAGAGAAGAAAGAAGCAGGAAAAGAGAAGAAAGAAGCAGGAAAAGAGAAGAAAGAAGCAGGAAAAGAGAAGAAAGAAGCAGGAAAAGAGAAGAAAGAAGCAGGAAAAGAGAAGAAAGAAGCAGGAAAAGAGAAGAAAGAAGCAGGAAAAGAGAAGAAAGAAGCAGGAAAAGAGAAGAAAGAAGCAGGAAAAGAGAAGAAAGAAGCAGGAAAAGAGAAGAAAGAAGCAGGAAAAGAGAAGAAAGAAGCAGGAAAAGAGAAGAAAGAAGCAGGAAAAGAAGAAAGGAAAAAGAAAAAACAGUGA